CAAAAGACGGGGGGCUACGCCCGUCCUGUUCUCCCCCCACUCUAGACGCACGCCCCCAUCGGCCUCGCCCGCGUUGACGGUGAGGGGAGCCGGGCAGCGGCCUGUGGAGGAUGGAGGAGAAGCCUUCCGCCGGCAUCAAGCCCUACCUGGACAAGCUCACCCUGGGGGUCACACGGAUACUGGAGACUUCUCCAGGAGUUGCUGAGGUGACGUUUGUGGAAAAGGAGCCAGCUGAACGCCAUGCAAUCGUUUCAUGGGAGCAAAAAAACUCCUGCAUAUUGCCAGAGGAUUUGAAGAACUUCUAUCUGAUGACAGAUGGCUUCCAGAUGACCUGGAGUGUGAAGACUGACGAUACCCCAAUGCCCCUGGGCUCCAUGGUGAUUAACAGUGUCUCGAAGCUAUGUCGGCUUGGGGGUUCCCCUAUGUACACUCUGCCUAAUGCACCAACUCUCGCUGACCUCGAAGAUGACACAGAUGAGGAAGGUAAUGGAGACAAACCAGAGAAGCCACACUUUGAUUCUCGUAGUCUUAUCUUCGAAUUAGACCCAUGCAAUGGGAAUGGGAAAGUUUGUCUUGUUUAUAAGCAUGCUAAACCAGUUGUCUCCCCAGAGACAGAGAUAUGGUUCCUGGACAGAGCUCUCUAUUGGCAUUUCCUCACCAAAACUUUCACAGCCUACUACCGCCUGCUCAUCACCCACCUGGGUCUCCCACAGUGGCAGUAUGCCUUCACCAGCUAUGGAGUCAGCCCCCAGGCCAAGCAAUGGUUUAACAUGUAUAAACCCAUAACCAUCAACACAGAUCUCCUCUCUGAAGAAGCUGAUUCCUUUGUGAACAAGCUGGACCCCAAUAAGGUAUUUAAAAGCAAGAACAAAACUCCAGUGAUCAAAAAGAAAUUGCCCUCCCAGCCAGCAGGCUCCCAAAAGAGUCACACAAGCAUGACCUCCUCCAAGACAUCUUCACUAACUGGGAAUUCUUCAAGAAAGUGAGACCCCCAGAUCUUACCCUGGACAGCACUUGCAGUAAACUUUGAUGUUCUCUGAUGCAAAGUCUCGGUGGUUCAGACCAAGUUCCAUGUGCAUGAAUACAUGUGCCUAUGGAAGACACAUUGCAGCGUUUGCAUUAAACAUAACCACAAUGUACUUUGACAUGGGAGGGCUGUAGUUCUUGGACACACUGAGAAAAAACUUGAGACAUUGAUUUUAUUCCCUUCUGCUAUUUGCAGCAUGUACUUUUCAGAGGACAUAAAGAAGCCCUUGAUGUCACUGUUCUGUAGGAAAGCUUUUCUUCCUGUGUAGCUACAGCACUGUAAUGAAAGUAAUAGAUAGUACAAGAGGCCUCAAGUUGUGCCAGGGAGGGUUUAGACUGGAUAUUAGGAAGCAUUUCUUUACAGAAGGGGUUGUUAGGUGU